AUGUGGUUUGAGAUGAUUCAGUGUCUGAUCUCCGUCUGGGGCCUGAGCCUUCUUGUGUUGCAGACCUGCUUCAACCAUGAGCGAGUGGUUGGACUUGGGGCGAGCUCCCUUUACCAUCGAAUGGACGAAGGUGUGUUCGAUCCAAGCCUGACAGCCACCAACCACAGAGAUGGAGUCGUCGCCGAUUGGAUGAUUGCCAAAGGCUUCGUUGACCUCUGCCUAGAAGUUGCCGAAGUCUUUGGCCGUAUCCGCACUGGAGAACUCCGCGGCUACUUUAACAUUGGCAACGCCUGGGACCUUCUGCGCAGCAUCAUCCCCAUAUCCUUGCUCGCCUUCCACUCCGAGCGCUGGCUACAUCUUUUGGUCGUGCUGAUGCCAAGACUGCAUAAUGGAAUCCGCUUUUGGUCAGG